AAGCAUUUGAUGUCUUAUUAAAGCGUUAUAUUGGCUAUACAUUGGAUUAGCAAGAGACUAACAUACGGGCAGUUAUUGAAGAAAAUGGCGACGUGCCUUACUCUCGAGUUGUGUAAAAACUGGGAGAAAAACGGUAAAAUCGAAUUUCAGAAGUUAUGCAAGUCUACCCUGAGAGCAGAUGGCAGCCUGGUUGGAGCAAGAGAAGGGAAGAAAAUCCUGUAUGACCUGUGUUGGCAAGUUCUCAUUGGGAAUCUCAAGCAAGACCAAGCAGUUGCCGUACUGCUUGAAAUCAAGGAUCUGCAUGAAGAGCUACCAUCACUUCUGGCAGACAUCUUUUCAAUAAUCGAUGUUGAAACCCAAGCUGAAGAAGAGAAACCCAAACAAAGACAGCGUUUUCUAGCAUUAGUACCAGCAUGCUUAGGCUUCAUAUCUGAGCAAGUACUGAAGGAAAGAUUGGACUUUGAUACUCUGGAGGCUGUGGGACUGAUACCAUCCAAACAAGCUUUUCAGCAGAAAUAUGUCAAGACUAAAACAAAAUUAUAUUACAAGCAGCAAAAAUUCAAUCUUUUGCGAGAGGAGAGUGAGGGGUAUGCCAAACUGAUUGCAGAGCUGGGACAAGACGUCCACACCUUGACACCUGAUAUGAUGUUACAAGUGAUCAAAUCCCUUAUAGGAUUUUUCAACUUGGACCCAAACCGGGUUCUGGAUAUAAUCCUGGAUGCAUUUGAGUGCCGCCCCGCCCUGGUGGAUUUCUUUGUCACAUUACUCAGGUCAUAUAUGAUGGAUCCACAGCGCCUCUGUCAUGUGCUGGGAUUCAAGUUUCACUUUUAUCAGGAGACUGUUGGCAGUGAAACCCCCAAAUCUCUCUACAAGGUGGCAGCACUGCUGGUGCAACAUGGUCUGGUUGAGCUAGACAACUUGUACCCUCAUUUGAGCCCCUCAGAUAGUGACAUCAAUGAAAGCUUCAAGAAGGAGGUAACCAGUGCCAGAGAAUAUGCCAGAAAACUCAAUGUCGUCAUCCUAUCAGAUAAGGCAAAAGAGGAGAAGGAAAAUGAAGAUGAUUCUGGUAAAAUAAAGCAGAACAACAACCAGAAGCUGGGUCUGUGUGAGUCUUUGCUGGCUGUUGGAGACUGGAACCACGCGGAACAGAUAAUCAAGAGAUUGCCUCAAUAUUCGGCCACAGCUCAACCUCCUAUUGCUCAGGGCCUGUGUGCUCUUCUGCACAUUAUUCUGGAUCCUUUGUAUAGACAGUACAGUGGUCUUCCUGCUAAAGUGUUCAAGUACACCCCCAGACUGGGUCUCUCUGUAACCCAGUGUCACACCUUUGGGGACCUGGUCACAGUAGCCUUCCCUAUGCUGGCCUACCUGGGCCCCAGCCUCUCCUGUGACCCCAAACUGAUGGUCAAACUGAUACGGGUGCUCAAAACAUUCAUGGAAAAGAGAAGGUCAGGAGAAUUGAUGGACCCUAUGGAGCCAGUAUUUCAUGGGUUGCUGACAGUGUUGGAUGAGGUGCUGAUUCCCAGUCUGUGUAUGAUGAACUGCAACUGUGGAAUGAGUGAGGAAAUCUGGGCCCUGCUCAAGUAUUUACCCUAUGAACACAGGUAUCUUCUUUAUGGGCAUUGGAAAAAUGAAACAUACAACAUUGAACCUAGAUUGAUCAAAAUAAGAGCAGAUUGCCUAGAACGUGCUAAGUAUAUCAUGAAGAGAUUGUCCAAAGAAAAUGUAAAGCCUUCAGGUCGUCAGAUUGGAAAACUAAGUCACAGCAACCCUGGGGUUAUUUUUGAAUAUAUCCUGUCUCAAAUUCAGAAGUAUGACAACUUUAUAGGACCUGUGGUGGAUUCCUUGAAGUAUCUCACUUCCCUUUCCUAUGAUGUAUUAGCUUAUUGUAUUAUAGAAGCUCUUGCUAACCCAUCCAGAGAGAGAAUGAAGCAUGAUGAUACUAACAUAUCACUGUGGCUGCAGAGUCUUGCCAACUUCAGUGGCGCCAUCUUUAGGAAGUAUCAGAUAGAAAUGGCAGGUUUACUGCAGUAUGUGGCCAACCAACUCCAGGCAGGAAAAAGCUUUGACCUGUUGAUCUUGCGUGAAAUCGUACAGAAGAUGGCGGGUAUAGAGAUCUCAGAGGAGAUUACAGAUGACCAGUUAGAGGCUCUGGGUGGAGGAGAGCUCCUAAAACAGGAGGGUGGAUAUUUUGCUCAGGUCAAGAACAUCAAGAAAUCCUCAAAUCGUCUAAAGGAGACCCUGUUAGAACAUGACCUGGCCAUCCCUAUGUGUCUGCUGAUGGUGCAGCAGAGAGAUUGUAUAGUGUACCAGGAGGGAGGGGACAGGUUUAUCAAACUGGUGGGGAAAUUAUAUGAUCAGUGCCAAGACACCCUGGUCCAGUUUGGCAGCUUCCUGUCCACCCAGCUGAGUACAGAGGAGUUUGUGAAGAGAUUGCCCUCCAUAGAAGUACUGGUUGGAGAUUAUCAUGUAGCACCGGAUGCCGCUUUUUUCCUUUCAAGACCUAUGUAUACUCAUGCAAUCAAUACAAAAUUUGAUGAGCUUAGAAAAAUAGAUAAAAGCAAUAAAAAUAGUACCAAUCAACUGAAGACUCAGAGGUACAUAGAGGCAGCAGCAUCUGUGAUGGAGCCAGUGAUAGAGGCUGUGAAACCAGUCAACUCUCCAAAGGUGUGGGAGGAAAUAAGUCCUCAGUUCUAUGUGACAUUCUGGUCCCUGUCCAUCUAUGACCUCCAUGUCCCCAGUGUGGCCUAUAAUAAACAAAUGGACCAGCUGAGGAAGGUCCAGCAAGCAGUGGACGAGACCAAGGACAUGGCUCAAAGCAAGAAGAAGAAGGAGCGAGAGAGGUGCUUUGCCCUGAUAGACAAACUGAAGGAUGAGGAGAGGAAACAGGAGGAACAUGUCCAGAGGGUGGUGGCCAGACUGAAGGGAGAGAAAGACAACUGGAUUCCUGCACGCUCCACAAAAAAUGACACAAUCACGCAAUUCCUCCAAGUUUGCAUUUUUCCUCGCUGCUGUUUCACUGCCAGUGAUGCCGUCUACUGUGCAAAGUUUAUAGAGGUUCUACACGAGCUGAAGACUCCAAAUUUCUCCACUCUUAUCUGCUAUGAUAGGAUAUACUGUGAUAUUACCUAUACUGUGGCUUGCUGUACUGAGAAUGAAGCCCACAGAUAUGGCAGGUUCCUCUGUGCAGCAUUUGAAACUAUCAUGAGGUGGCACUCAGACAAGGCUGUCUUUGAAAAGGAGUGUGGUAGUCAUCCAGGUUUUGUCACAGUGUACAGGAAGACUGACACCAAUAACAAGACCAACCAACAUGGCCAGCUGGACUAUGAGAACUACAGGCAUAUCUGUCACAAAUGGCAGUUUAGAACUACCAAGGCAAUGGUGGCUUGUCUUGAAUCAGGAGAUUAUGGACAAAUCAGGAAUGCUCUCAUUGUGCUCACUAAGGUACUCCAAUACUACCCCAAAGUCCUGAACUACGGCCAGGCUCUGGAGAGGAGGGUGGACAGGAUACGGCAGGAGGAGAAGGAGAAGAGACCAGACAUCUAUGCUCUAGCAAUGGGCUACAUCGGGCAGUUGAAGAGCAAAAAGAACACGUGGAUUCCAGAACAAGAGUUUCAUAUUAAAGAAAAUACGCGGCGUGUACAGAGCAAACAAGGCACCACAGUGAAGACCAACAGCCAGUCAGCACCAGUGAAGUCUGAACCCAAUGGUACAGGGACUGCAGCCACAGCCUCAGAGAAUGGAAAGACGGCAAGUUCUGGCAGAGUCAAAGAAGAGAAGGAUGUGAAACAAGAAGGGAAGGAGAGAAGCAAGGAGUCCAGAGAGAGAGAGGUGAGGGAAGGGAGCAGGGAGGAGAGAAGACUGGAGAAAAGUGACAGUCAGAGCUCUGACAGGUCUGAGUCCAGAGCAGACACUGGGAAGACACCAGACAGUAAAUCUUCAGAGAAAAAGGAACAAGG